AUGACCGUCUUUGAAGCCAUACCGCAACCAUCCCAGGCGCGUCUAGACGCCUCGCUCACCGACGCGCCGCUGGACACGGAGAAGCUCGUGUCGCAACAGUCUGCAACACCCCAAGAGAAGGCCAAAACGGUGCUGUACCUGGCCUAUGGCUCGAACCUGUGCAAUGAGACCUUCCGAGGCGUGCGCGGUAUCCGUCCACUUUCACAGGUCAACGUACUUGUUCCCUCGCUGAGAUUGACCUUCGAUCUCCCUGGCAUCCCCUACAAAGAGCCCUGCUUCGCCAACACAGCACUGCGGGUGCCGGACGCGCAAGACUACCACAAAGAUCGAUGGCACAAGGGCCUGGUGGGCGUUGUAUACGAGGUGACGCUGUCCGACUAUGCGCACAUCAUUGCGACGGAAGGUGGAGGCAGCGCCUACGACGAUAUCUUGGUUGACUGCUACGCGCUACCGCCCUCCGACACAGUCCCCACCGCGCCCGAUUCGAAGCCCUUCAAAGCGCACACGCUCUUCGCCCCCAUUGUCGACAGCGAGAACAGAGUCCGAACCACCGACCGCGUAAAGCGCCCCGACCCAGGCUAUGCGCAGCCUUCGGCACGAUACCUCAAGCUCAUAACCGACGGCGCCGCGGAAUGUAAUCUUCCAAACGAGUAUCAGGAAUACCUACACAAUAUACGCACAUAUACCAUCACGACCAAGAAGCAAGAAAUGGGAAAGGCUAUCUUCCUGGGCAUUUGGAUGCCCUUCGUCAUGUUCAUCUUUGCGAUGGGAAGGAAGCUGCAGGAUAAAAAGGGAAGGUCGCCUUGGUGGCUAGCUAAACUCAGUGCCAUGAUCUUUGCGGGCAUGUGGGUUAGCUAUGAUAGCGUUUUCAAGAAAACUUUCGGUGAUGGAGAAAGGACGAUAGGCGACUCUACAUUGCCAGUAAGCGAUACUAGAAGUAGGAGGAUUUCUUCCACUCGACAAGAUGCGGAGAGUGAGGGUCUGCUGGAAGAGUUCGUGGAGACCAUGUACGAGCCGCGAGCAACUGGGCAAAAACGCGAGCUUCGAUGA